AUCUUCCAUUGUAUUUUUCUGUAGUUUCUUCAAGACCUGGCCUUUUGAUUUUGACUUCCGAGUCGUGAGAGGACCAGCCGCAAUUCUUCCUCAUCCUCCUAAUAUUUAUGCCCAAGUAGCUGUUUUCCUCUUUACCUUUUCAUUUCCUUUUCCCUUCUCUACUCCUUUCACUUCCUUCCCUCUUGUGGAAAGCCAUGGCCUUCACUGUUGUCGGGUUUAUUGGGUUAUGUUCUCUUCUUCUUGGCUAUGGAGUCCAUGUUGAAGCCUCUCACCGGGUUUUCUCAAACCUUCAAUCUCAUCAGAACACUACAGCAACUCAUCAGCCUUACAGAACCGGCUACCACUUCCAACCGGCUAAAAACUGGAUCAACGAUCCUAAUGACCCAUCUUAUUGCAGGACCCAUGAUUUAUAAGGAUAUCUAUCAUCUCUUCUACCAGUAUAAUCCAUAUGGUGCUGUCUGGGGUAACAUUGUCUGGGCACACGCCACUUCCACGGAUCUUGUGAACUGGGUUCACCAUGAAGUUGCAAUCAAACCAUCCAUAGACUCUGAUAUCAAUGGAUGUUGGUCCGGUUCAGCUACAAUCCUCUCUGGGGAAAAACCAGCCAUUCUCUAUACUGGUGGAGACCCACAAAACCGCCAAGUCCAGAAUUUAGCGUUGCCCAAGAACCUCUCUGACGAGUUCCUGAGAGAAUGGAUCAAACCACCCCGAAAUCCUGUCAUGACUCCCAUUGAUGGGAUCAAUGCAAGCUCAUUCAGGGAUCCCACCACCGCUUGGAAAGGUCUCGAUGGGCGAUGGAGGGUGAUCAUAGGGAGCCAGAUUGAUCGACAAGGGAAGGCAAUUCUCUAUAGGAGUAAGGAUUUCAUUCAUUGGGUCAGAGCCCAGCACCCACUCCAUUCAUCCAAUAACACUGGAAUGUGGGAAUGCCCUGAUUUCUUCCGUGUCUCUGUGAACAGCACAGUUGGUCUUGACACUUCUUUGAAUGGUCCAAGUGUAAAGCAUGUGCUUAAGGUGAGCUUGGGUGAAACCCAACAUGACUGCUACACAAUUGGUACUUACGAUCUGAAAAAGGAUAUGUAUAUUCCGGACAAUGGUUCCAUAGACAAUGGCUUUGGCCUGAGAUUUGAUUAUGGAAAAUUUUAUGCUUCGAAGACAUUCUUUGACAGCUCUAAGAACCGAAGGAUACUAUGGGGUUGGAUUAAUGAAUCCGAUAGCGAACAAGAUGAUAUCAAGAAAGGAUGGUCAGGAAUUCAUGCAAUUCCUAGAAAUCUUUGGCUCGACAAAACUGGGAAGCAGCUGGUUCAAUGGCCAAUCCAAGAAAUCAAAAUGUUACGGGAAAAGCCAGUUGAUUGGCAAAGUACAGAGAUGAAGCCAGGAUCAGUAUCUGAAGUUUUGGACGUCACUGCUGCACAGGUCGAUGUGGAGAUUUUAUUAGACUUGCCAACAUUGGAGAAAGCUGAAAACAUGGACCCAAGCUGGGUUGAUCCACAACUGCUUUGUAGUGAAAAAGGGGCUUCCGUAAAAGGAAGCUUAGGACCAUUUGGGUUGCUAGCUUUGGCUUCCAAAGGCUUGAAAGAACAAACAGCCAUAUUUUUCAGGGUGUUCAAAGAUCAGGAGAGAUAUGUGGUGCUUAUGUGCAGUGACCAAAGCAGAUCUUCUUUGAGGCAAGACCUGGACAAAACCACCUAUGGAGCUUUUCUAGAUGUGGAUCCUCUUCAUGAAGGACUGUCACUGAGGAGCUUGAUAGAUCACUCCAUUGUUGAGAGUUUUGGUGGCAACGGAAAAGCUUGUAUCAUAGCUAGGGUUUAUCCUGAAUUGGCUAUAAACGAUAAUGCACACUUGUAUGUGUUUAAUAAUGGAACCGAAAAUGUAAUGCUCUCAAAAUUGAGCGCUUGGAGCAUGAAGAAAGCUCAAAUCAUCUAUUGAAAGGGAGGUAAAAAGAAAAUAAAGCAGAGAUGUGAUAUAGAACCAUGGUGAAGAUGCAUUUUUUGAAUUAUUAGUUCUAAUUAUCUAGUAAAAUAAUUAACUCAUUCAACAAGUUACCACACCACUAAUAAGCCAUUUGAGAAGCUAUCACUUAAAGCUUCAAAAAAAUUUUGGAGAAUCUCCUUGGAUUUAAUAUACUUCUUUUAAAUAAACGUACGGUUUAUGAUGUGACACGUAUCCAUCAGAAAUGAAGGAAUGAGAAGAUUUUAUAAUGCGCCGUCAGAGUAUGUGAGGGAAUAAAGGCCCAAUACCCUGGGUCGAAAGUAUGGGCUGGGCUUCUGGGCCUUAACGAGACAGUGAAGGUGUGAAAUCCAGAAUCUCGGCCUACUGUUUUAACCUUCUUUCCAAUCCUCCUGAAAUCCAACGGCUGAAGAAUUUUGCGUGAAUACUUAGGUACUGACAAACACAAAGUAAUUCAAAGCCGUUGGAUGGAGUGAAACGAGGGAUUGAUCGAGAAACAGGGGAUCACUGUCAUUUAUCUAAAUCUAUAAAUAGUUUUGGAAAUUAAGAAAAUUAUUCCGCAACCUAACAUCUUACAUCUUUGGGAAUUGAAGCGCCAAGAGAAGAAAUGUUCCGUUGAACUGGUGAUUUGGUGGUGCAGAGUUGAACCUCUCGACUCUCAAACAGAGAAGAAGAAGAAGAAGAAGAGGAGGAAAGAAACGGAAGCGCAAGACAUCAGU